AUGCUUCACCUCGGCUCGGUUGCCAGGGUCGUCCAGGGGAGGGCGAAGGCUCUCAAAGGGGUCAAGUCCGGCUCCGGCCAGGCACCGGGCUUCGAGCUCGAAGACUUGGAGCUCGUUACUGCGGCUGCCCAUCCGUACCUCCACCCUUCGGUGGCGACGUUCAAGCACAUCUACCUCUACCACUCUAGCUCCGGCAAGCGGGGCAUGGUGGGGCUCUUCUACGUUGAGGGCACGAACGAGGAUAUCGAGCCAGAGCCCACCGCGGAAGGCGGUGCGGAGGACGUAGGGGGUGAGGGGGGGCUGGGUCCGGGCGAGCGUCCUGUGAUCGCCAAGGCCGUGGUUUGGCUUGUCAACCCCUUCUCGAGGAGGGAAGGGGAGCAGCGGCCGCCGUUCGCGCGCAUCUUCGAGAAGUUUACCAACAACCCGGACAGCUCGUGCACGUUCAAGACGUCCUCGGUGAGCAGCGCUGACGAAGCCUGGGCUGCCGCCGACUCCUCCCUGGCCUCUUACUCCCGACAGAGAAACGGCCCAACGUUGGUCCUGUCACAGGGGCUGGUCCAAGGACAGGAGCUGCGGCGGCGUCUCCCUGCCCUGUCCGAGCUGCCCGUAACGCACAUCCCUGGCAACGCCGAGGACGAGAGGUACCCGGCUCUGGGAUGGCAGGCAUUCGCAGCACAACGGAUGGUGCAAAGGUUCUUCAUCGCCCCGAGGUGGCUCGCGGACCGGCUCCUCUGCGCGCGGUAUGCGCACCUCCCGCUGGCCAACAUCGGGGCGGACGCUCCCUGCGCCAUGGCCGACGCGUUCUUCGGGCGCCUCCUGAGGCACAACCGGCACGUGCUGUGGGCUUCGGAGACCUCUCGUCCGGACCUCGGGGGAACGGAGGGGGACGACAACGACAUCUGGGCGGAGGACCUAGCCUCCCCGACCAUCCUGCAGCCCGGGGCGUACCGCAACAUCUGCAUCGAGCUAGAGAUUCACGGCCUUGCCGUAGGCUCCGUCAUCGCGUCGUCCCAGCUCGAGGCGCUCGAGGGCAGCCAGGGCGUUACCGCCCUUACCGUCAACAACGACAACGAGGGAAAUGGCGGCGGCGGCGGCGGCGGUGGCGGUGACAACAACAUUUUCUCCGGAGGUGCCGGCGGAGGCGGCGGCGGCGGCGGCGGCGGCGGGGCCGGGGGUGGAGUUGGCGGCGGGGACGACCAGGCCGUCGCAUCAGCCUUCAGGAUUCUGAAGGUGCUGGUCACCACCUGGCUGGAUGAGGUGACCCACAUGGGCAACGCUCACGCUGACAGCCUUCUCGUCCACUUCUACCGGUGGAUCUGCGCGCGGCAGUCGUUGCUGCACAAUGCCACGCUCCACCGCCUUGUGCACCGGCUCAUGCACAAGGUUUUCAGCAGGCUGAUCGCCGAGCUGCGGCGCCUGGGGGCCUGCGUUGUGUUCGCGAGCUUCCAGAAGGUGAUCAUCGCCACGAACAAGUCGGACGUGAAGGCGGCGAGGGACUACGCCAAGUUCGUGGUCUCGACGGUCACGUCGCGGGACCUCUUCAACACCCUUCAGCUGGAGCCGAAGAUGUUCUGGGAGCAGCUCCUCUUCCUGGACGACCAGGACUACGGGGGCAUUCAGGUCCAGGGGGGCUUCGAAGAUGAAGAAGAAGAAGAAAAAGAAGGGCGAAAGCAAGACGAGGGCGAUGACGAAGCAGCGACGGCCAAUAGAAAAGACGCUGGUGACGAUGAGGAAGGUUCUGAGGAUGAUGCGGAAGGUCUCCAGGACAGCGAGGAGGAGGAGGAGGAAGAAGAGGAGGAGGAGGAGGAGGAGGGGGGGGAGGAGGAAAGGAGGGGGCGACGGCUGAGGCGGUUCAAGGACCGGAACGGCGGCGGCAGCGGGUCCCGUAAGGAGAAGGCUGCACCAAAGGCAAAACGAGACAAUGACCUCAAGCCGGACGAGGAGGACGACGAAGAGGAUGCGCAAGUAUCCGGCGGUGGUGGUGGCAGUGGCGCCGACGGUGCCGUGGCAGAACAAAAAAUGCCUUCCAUCGUCUCGCACUGGAAUCUGGCCGAGUACUUGCCGGCCUCCGUCCGCCAGGUGUUCCUGAUCCUGGUGUCCACCUUCCUCCUCAAGCCGCACGAGAAGGCGCGACAGCUGAGGCUUGACCACGAAAGGAUGGUCGCGAGCCUCAGCAACCAGCUGACGCAAUCGUCGCAACCGAACGGCCCGGCCUCACCCGGGACGGACAGAGGGGAGAGCGGCGGCGGCGGUGUACCGGCCAGCCAGGGGGGGAUGGACGCGGCUCUUGCGGUUCAGGCGGCACUUCGCAAGGAAGAAGCGAACGAGUCACAGUCGAUGGCCGACUUCCUCAAACACCUGGUCACGAGGACGCUCACGGACAAGGUUCUUGAGACGGUUCCCGCCAUCAAGAAGUACAGCGGUAGCGGGCCGGACGCUUUCCCGAGCAAGCCCGGAGCGGCGCGCGAGCUAACCAACCCCGCCCUCGAGUUCAUCAAGAGCCUCUGUCAUGUCCUCAGCCUAGAUCCCACCGUCACGGAUGAGGUGGAAACGCUGAGGAAGCAGGCUCUGGCCGAGGUAGGCGUCCGUCAGUUCUCGGCGGAGGGUCAGUACAGCGACCCUUGCGUGAGCUUCGUGCUGCCGGACGUGAUCUGCUCCUUCUGCAACCUGUGCCGCGACCUGGACCUUUGCCGCGACGCGCGUCUCAUGGACGAGGACGAGGAGGAAAGGUGGCAGUGCAUCCAGUGCAAUCACCCGUACGAGCGUAGCAGCAUCGAGCUAUCCCUCGUGGAGGCCGUACAGCGUAGAAGCGUGCGGUACCAGUUGCAAGAUAUGAAGUGCGCCAAGUGCGGCGCCGUUGCGACGAGGUCCAUGAGCCUCACGUGCCCCUGCUCGGGUCCUCUGGUGGCCGAAGAGAGCCAGCAGGAUUUCCACAAGACCAUGAAGCUGCUGAGGCAGCUGGCUAUCUUCCACAGCUUCGGCUGGCUGCUGGAGACGGUCGAGAACAUCCUCGUCGCUGACGGGCUGGUGGAAGAAGACGUUCCCGCUCAGGACGGGGGGGAGGAGGAGGAGGAGGAUGACGAGGACGAGGGAGAGGCGAUGGACGAGGAUGGACACGCCGCCAUCGACGGCUGACGCUUCGAUCGACGAGAUUUUGUUCACGUUGCCGACAAUAAACACGCACGACUGUUCUUACCAUGAUGGCGGCCCCUCGUUUUCUGCAGCAGAGAAACUCCGUGGCAGAAACAUGCCGGUUAUAACGUACUGCGGUGCAGUUCAGCCGUGCCUUGGAAUCGUUUAUCUCGAUAGAGGAGACGGAGGAGGAGGCGGUGUUUGAUUAAUAGCAUGCUGUUGUCGGUGAAAACGCUUUUGCCCGUUUCCUCGAGAACUGCGGCAGAUCAGCCUCUUGUCCACGGGGACAAACCGACGAAGUGCGUUGGUCGAAUUUCGUACACACAGUAUGGUCUGGGGCAGUCGGGGGGGCGUAGGACGAGGUGGAGCCGCUACACCGGCACAGACAGCUUAUGACGACAGGACAGACGUUGCACACCGGACGGACGAAACAUGGAGAACGAGGCGGUUGUCGUCUACAGCACUUGAUAGACCAGACCCGCGUCCCAUUGGCCGUGAGGGACUUACGUUGUUUGCCAUGCCGCCCUAACCUUGUCCUCUCUGGUUAGGCCGAGAAUAUGCUUCUGCUUGAUUUUGCGCGUGCGGAGGGGUAGGCGUUCCCGGAGAGAAGAGGCGAUGAUUUUUCCAUCCGCCAAAUUAUACGAGUUUACGGCCCUCGUCUUGACGUAGGGUGGGUUGGAUGGCCCAGCUUCACAACAGCGCGACUGUGCGGGGCUUGCAUGCAUGCACCCCAAAACUACGGAGCCGAUUUCAAGGGAUUGGUGGGGCUUCUGCCAACUUCGUUAUUUGUGCACCCUCGUGUUUUUGUUGGAAGGCGCGGUAGCAAAAGACAUGUCGGAUGUGCACUCGCUUGAGGUAUGUAAAUGCCCUAUGAAUGUAUGCUAGGGAUAGAUAGGUUUUGGGUUUAGGGUGGUCUUGAGGGAAUACAAAGGAGAUUUACCUGCGUUGGCGCAAAGCUGGUAUUUAGAGUCAGAUCACUGUAUUAUGCCAUCAUAAUACCGUUGACGACACAAUGGUAUAUCACUGAAUGGACCGACAGCAGGUUGGUGGCGGCUUGGGUAGAUGGGCGGGAUGUUGGGUCAGGAGCUGCAUGGAACAAAGCCUCCCGAACUUGCCGUUUAAGAAAAGAGAGCUUGUCGAUGGCAGCAGUUCGGGUAGCAGGAUUUAGUCACGGUGGUACUUGCCGCUGCGCAAGCUGUGUUAGUUUGUUAGUUAACAGUUUUUUCGUGGCGUACAAGCGACCGUUCAAACUACAGCCUUGGAUGCAAGUCUAAUGUUUAUGUUCCAAUACGAACGUCAAGUG